CUUUUACAAUAGCCAAGUAACCUGCAGCUCUAUCAUCACAUCUGCAUAAAAAGGCAAUUUUAAUAGGAAAUAUCUGUACAACAUGAGGACCAUCAUCAUAAUGCUGCUACUUUCAUUUUUCACCAUGGGCGUCUCUCGCAAAAGGCAUUUCGUACCAAUUUGAAAUAUGAAGAUUGUAAUUCUGCUUCUUUUUUCUGUGGGACUGACGUUCUCCUUACCUUACAACCAGUUUGGUAGACUCCUUGCUACAAGUAACAGCAGAGAAAUAUUACGACUGAUGCAGAAGUACAGAGCCCAGGGGAACAAUCCACAGCAAACACAGCAGAGACCAAAUCCUGGAACUGGACUGCCUCCAGCAAAAUUGAUUCCAGAUCAGCAUCCAUUAGCAAACCAGGUGCCAAAUGAGGUUGUUCCAUUUGCAUGGCCUAAUUUUCCAAAUUUUCCAGUUUUACCUGCACAGACACCACUGGAACAGAAUGUUGCUGGCUAUAACGUAUUACCACUGCCCCAGAUGUUCCCAUUAGAUAUUAAUUCUCUUGUUGCUCUGCUAGCAGCACUCUCUGGAACAGAAACCCUGCCUCUACCAGGUGGCGGACUGACUGUACCAGCUCCACCAAUGCUUCCAGUUCUGUUUACACAAAUGGGGCCUCAGGGCCAAGUGCUCAGUUCUGAAGAAAUGCCUCCUUCCCAACUUUUUGCUGGGGUUCUUCUCCCUGGAACACAAGGUGGUUUGCUGCCUGCGGGCCAAGCUGGAACACACUCUGAAGGUCAAGAGGGAUUUCUUCCAGCUGGUCAGACUGGAACAAAUCAGGGCAACCUACCAUUGCCAGAGGGCACAGCAGCAGGUAUCCAGAAGGCCUCCCCAGCAACCAGUGAUAGCCUGAAUGAACCAGUAGGUGGGCUCUACCCAACUCCCUCUGGCUUCAGACAGCCAAGUGCUGUGACCAACGCUGUGUUUGUAGAACCCACUGGUGGCAUCAAUAUGGAGCCCAGCGAACUUCGGGAACCACCCACAACCCUUGUCAGACUCAAUAAGAGUGAUAAUCAGAAACACCAAAAUCUUUUUCAAGCAUUUUUGAGAGGAGACAAUCAUAUGCCAAUAACUACCACAGAGAGCAAGCCCUGGAAAGCACCCUAAAGCACCAGUAUGCAGUAGCAUGUAUUCUGUAUGCUGACUGUCACAUCCUCAUGCUAAUGUGUGUGAUAGUAACAU